AGGGUCUCAGAGUAAGAAUAUGUGGAGACUCCUCAUGUCUGGGAGGGUCUUUCCCCUUGAGGAUGGCCAUUCCAGGCUGAAAGUGGUCGGUCACUGAGAAUUGGCAGCCAUGACAUCAUUAUCCAGUAGUUGUCUGCAUUCUGUGGGGGAAACCUAGAGCGUCUUAUCUCCAGGUGCUAAAAAGCCACAAUGAUGAGCCUUCUAGAGAUCUUUUUUUCCCUGUAUUACAUCGCUUGGUGUACUCUCUGAAUCUAGGACUGCGUCAGCAAAUGACAACCUUUGGGCCAGACCCAGUAUGAUGCUUUGGUGUGUAGCGUUCCCUGAGAAUCCAGGCACACCCAUGUUCCUCCCCUCAGCCUGGGACAUUGUCUUCCAGACAGUGUUAGGGCUGCGGUGGCUCAGGCCCUGGAGCCUAAACCAGUCUCUGCCCUUUGUAGAGAACACGCAUGGACCCCACUCUGGAGGCUUGGAUCUGACUACAUUUCCAGGAUGUCACCAUCUCUGUGUGUUACCAAUAGGCUGCUGGGUGGCCUGGGCCAGCAAGGAGAAGCUAUUCAAACUCUCCGAGAGCACCGAGGAGGCACCAGGCUAUCUCCUAGAGUGUGACAGCUCUGUGCUGGGCACCUUGCAGAAGUACCUGGCCAUAUAUAAGAUCCGGCGGAAGGUCGCUGUGGAGCCAUGUCCAGAGCUCCAUGUGUGGGCUGUGCUACCCUGUGGCCCUCAGGUCCCUGAGGCUGCACCACUAGAAGAGAGGGUGGAAGCCACCACCAUCCUCACCCGUGACCCCCGGACUGUACGUAUGGGGUGGCGGCUUCUCACUCAGGAUGAUGGCCCAGCCUUGGUGCCCAGGGGACAGCUUGGGGACCUCCAAGAUUAUCAUAUGCACCGGUACCAGCAAGGCAUCCCCGAGGGGGUCCGUGACCUGCCCCCAGGGACAGCCCUACCUCUGGAGUCCAACCUGGCCUUCAUGAACGGUGUGAGCUUCACCAAGGGCUGCUACAUCGGGCAGGAGCUGACGGCCCGCACCCACCACACAGGCGUCAUCCGUAAGCGUCUCUUCCCUGUGAGGCUCGAAGGCCCCCUGCCUGCCGAUGGCAUCAGUCCCGGCACCUCAGUGACGGUGACUGCGACAGGACAGGCAGCGGGCAAGUUCAGGGCCGGCCAGGGACACGUGGGACUGGCUUUGCUGCGGUCAGAGACCAUCAAGGGUCCUCUCCACAUAAAGACCUCCGAGAGCCAACAGGUGGCCGUGACGGCCGCAGUGCCGGACUGGUGGCCCACGGCAGCCAAGUAGCCGGAUGCUCUGAAUUUCACUGGCCUUAGAGUUACCAGGUGCCUCUGAGCCGCUGCCCAAGGUCUUCAACGCUGUGUGCUGUGCCCCCGUUGGGUAUGAGUUCCUUCUCCUGUGGUGGCUUCCUGGACACACCCACUGGGAAAGUUCCAUGGGUUCCAGCUACGGAUUGCCUGCUGCGUCCUGCAGAGGGUCCUACUCUGGUGGGCUCUCCUCUCCCAAGUGUGUGACUGAGAACAGAGUCACCCUCCUGAUGCCGGGAGAGGGAAGGGUCUGAGCUCCCCUUUGGACCGGAUUCUGAAUGGGAUUUGAUACGGUCCAUGGGCCAAGGCAGGAGUGAAGCCUCUGUCCAGUGUCAGCUCCCUAACCUUGUUUCUCUUGGAGGAAGGUUCUCUGUGUCUGCAAAACUACUGGGCCAGGAAUGCAGGCUCUGUGUUCUCUUGAAGCACAUCUCAGGGCAGGAAUUGUUUGGGUUGUGUGCACGGUGGGGAGGUUGAUGCCCUUGGACUGGGACAUGUGUUCUGUGAGCCACAGGGACUGUGUGUCCACUGUCCUGGGGGCUCUUCUCACUCCUCAGAGUGAGCUGCUGUCUUUUCACACUCCCCAGGAAGCUCCGGAGGCAUGGAGCCCAGGGCUCAGGUCCAUCUGGGAGGCGCUUCAACCUUUGGCUGGUUUGGGAUGUCACUUUUAUAUAUAUGCUUUUAGUGGGGAGUGAUUUGCUGGUGGGGUGCAUGCUCCCCAGAACCACUUUUUCUAACCUUUGUAAUGUGAACUGGGGUCUUGCCACAAAGCCUAAGGACCAGUAAAGUGUGAUCUGUAAAUAGCCCCUUGGGAACUCUGGUUUCAUUUUGGGCAGGUCUGGUAAAAUAGACCCAUGGGACGGCUGUCUCUGGAGAUCAUGAGCACACCAGAUAAAAGUGUCCCACUGUUGUAGCUAUCUAGGUCUGGUUGGUCUUAAACUUGAGAUUCUCCUGCCCUGGCUUCAUGAGUGCUAGCUAGAUUGACAGGCAGGCACCGCUGUGUUUUACAAGAUACACCUAUGUCUCUCUCUUCCAAAAGAUGUAUUUUGUUUUCAUGUCUAUAUGUGUGUGUCUGGGUGCCUAUGAAGGACAAAAGAGGGUGACAGAUACACUGGAGUUAGAGUAACAGGUAGUUCUGAGCUGCUGGAUAUGCAUGAUGGGAACUGAGUUUGGAUCCCUGCAAGAGCAACCAGUGUUCUUAACUGCUGAGUCUUCACUCCAGACUCAAUACAUUCAUUUCAGCAGAGUUCUGUGGGCCAUGCUGGGCUGGCAGGAAGUGGGGCGGCCUCUGAGUCUGGCACAGGGAGUGGGUGCCCAGGCUUCAGGGUUAGGGUGGAUAGCUCUGAACUGUUUUCUGCAGUGCCCUCAAGGUGAGACCACAGAGGGUUGGGGUGAAAAUAGCCGGGGUAGUUAUUCUGGGGCCAGGGACAGUGGGGACUUCUAGGAACUGUGACUUUGGGGGGCUACCUAGGCUAGAGUUCUAGGCGCACUCUGAACUCAAGUGCAGUUUUCAGCAGCUUGGUGUCCUCUGAGUAGACUGGUGAAUCGGGGGUGGCCUCCUUCUUAGGAUGUGACGGGGGGGCACCCUGAAUGACCUCACUCCUCGUGGUACUGAAUGGGUGGUCAGUGUUGGGGACAGGGACCUGGCAGAGACAACUUGAAGGAUGGAUUACUUUGGCUCACGAGUUUAGAGGGUUGCAGUUCAUGGUGGAGUUCAUGGCAGAGUCCCUCACAUGGUAGGGGCACCAGGAAGCUGAGAAUACCCUUCAGAACAGGACAGACCUCACACUCCACAGGCUACACCGCCUCCCAAGCAGCGCCACCAGCUGAGGACCACCAUGAGGUCAAAUGUGAGCCUGUGGAGGACACGUCACAUUCAGACCACAACACUUGGGGUGCAUACAUAGGCUGUGCAGGUCCCAGCACAGCUGACAGACCCCGCCUGUCCUGGUCUAUGACUGCCUGGUGCCCUGUGACUGCUUCUCCACUCAGGAGCAAUGCUGCAGUUGUGUUGAAUGUUGAGGUAAAAGAUGAAAUCAAGUGUGCUCUGGAAGGCUGUGACCGCUGGGCUCCUGCUGACCCCACCUGGCAGCUUCUUUAAUUGACACGACAUAAAUUGGUCUGCAGUCAUGUGACUGACUUUGCCUUCUCAAACCUGUUGGGGAGCUGUCCGUACAGGGAUUGGUGCCUCUGGGCCUUGUCCCUCACACAUUCCAGCUUUCGAAAGGAGUCCAGAAAGGUUCUAAGCAGUCCCAUUGGGUAAGGAAAGGGCAAGUCCCCAAAGAGGCGGAUGCUGCUUGGGGCUGAGAUGCUGCCUCACGAGUGCUCGCCCGCUGCCUGACGUUGGGCUCUCACAGUCCCUCUCAGAAGUUUAGAAUAGCAGCCCCGCACAGUAGAAGUGCGAAUGGGCGGAGUCACCUGUGCAUCGGGCUGGUCUCCAGGGACCUCAGGGCCACUCUUAGUGAUCCAGGCAUGUGUUCGGUCUUCACAUUCUCACAGGGAUCUGCACAGACCCUGGUAUAGACACUUGGAAACCGUUAACUGCUUUUCAGUGUAUUUUGUAAAAAGCACAAAGCUGUUAAAAAUAAACUGAUUAAGAAGAAAAGGU